AACACGAGAGGAAUUCACCAAAAACCUACCAUAAACAACCUAACAGAGCAAGAGUUUCAGCAUAAUUCUUGUUGCUCCCAUAGAGAGGAGAGGAUGGAGAUUGCAGUUGAAAUAACCUCCAGAGAGACCGUCAAACCAUCUUCUCCGACUCCGGACCACCUCCGCCACUACCGACUCUCAUUCCUUGACCAAAUCUCCCCGCCGGUCUAUAACCCAUUUGUCCUCUUCUACACCCCACAGAAUGAAGAUGAUCAAUUCAACAUAGAUGACAUAUCCAGCAAGCUCAAAGCUUCCUUAUCUUGCAUCCUCACGCAUUUCUACCCUUUGGCGGGCCGCCUUAAAGGCAACGUCUCAAUCGAAUGUGACGACGUGGGAGUGCCCUACUCUGAAGCCAUCGUCAAGUGCCAAGUUUCUGAUGUUACAGAGAAUCCAGACCCGCAAGAGCUAGGGAAGUUGCUUCCUUUCGUUCUUGAUGUCAGCGACGAAACAACCCUUGGUGUCCAAUUUAAUAAAUUCGAUUGUGGUGGAAUCGCCGUGGGAAUAUGCAUGUCACACAAGAUAUCGGAUGCACUAUCCUUGCUAACAUUCAUCAAAAUGUGGGCCGCCGUUUGUCGCGGAGAAGAGAUCGUAACGCCUCCUCAAUUCGCCUCAGCCGAGCUGUUCCCGCCUAAGAACAUAUCGGGGUUCGAACCAAGAACCGGGAUUACCAGAGACAACAUAGUGUCCAAGAGAUUCAUUUUCAAAACCAAUAAGAUAGAGACACUAAAGGCUAGGUAUUCCAAAGAAAUGGACCUCGGCCAAAAUCGACCCCCUUCGCGCGUCGAGGCUUUAUCGACCUUCAUCUGGAGCCGCUUUGCCUGGUCUACUAGGGUCUAUUCUGAACCCAGCAAGAAAUGCAUCAUCCUUCACGCGGUGAACUUGCGGACCAAGUUCGACCCUCCAUUACCGCAACAUUCCUUUGGGAACUUCUACCGGGUGGCAGUCACUUCCUUGCAAUUGGACUCAGGGAAGGAGUGCUACGGGCUUGCGGCUAAAAUGAGGGAGACGGUGAGAGGAAUCGACAAGGGGUACGUGGAGAAGCUCCGCGACGGGAAAGAGCACUUGGACUUCAUCAAGCGGAGUGCCGAGGUAUACCUCAAAGGAGAGCUAUUGGCCAUGAACUUCACCAGCUUGUGCCGGUUCCCGAUGUACGAGUCAGAUUUCGGCUGGGACAACCCGACAUGGGUCGGAUCACCAGCCCUAACUUUCCAGAACCUUGUGGUCUUCAUGGACACCAAGUCGGGUGAUGGUGUGGAGGCAUAUAUAAGCUUGAGGGUCGAAGACAUGGCUGCUCUGGAAAGUGAUGAGGAGUUCAUGGAAUUUGUAAUUUCUCCAGGAAAAGAACACAUUUCAGUGUGAAUGUUGCAGAGAUUGUAUGCUUAUCUGGGAUUGGCCUCCACUAGUGCUAGAUAGCUGGCAUAAGAGGUGGCUGUCGAGCUUUAGAUUUGUGACAACACACUUUGGCUUAUUAAGAUCUGAAUGAUUAUGGUGUUAGAGAUUGAUCCA